GUAGUCUUUUGUUCGCCACCGUCGCCACCGCUUUCUUCCCAUCUUUCUCUCAUUGUGUGCGAGUCUAUCGCGAGAGACUCAAAACUCUAUUAUUAUCAUCAUAGUUAUUAUUAUUAUUUUAUUCAUUAUUAUUAUUUAUUAUUAUUGUAUUCGAACAAUAGACCCGGAUCUACCAUAUACGACGACGGGUGACGACGCGACACGAUUAUCGAAAAAAUCCGACCAAAAAUUAUAAUAUUUUUCGCGUUUUCCAUCGUCAUUGAAGGUGCCGAAUAAAAUGGCAUGUAAGGUUCAUACCGGCGACCUCCAGUGAAAGUGAUCGUAUUAUUAUUAUACAUUUUUUUUAUUUCUACUAUAUACAAACAAACGAACGACGUAGAAAGUCGCGGCAAGGUAAACUGCUUAAGACAGUGAUCGAAGAAAGCGGAUGUGUAUUGCGCAACGGCGUGGACAUCGUGUAAGGUUAUCGUCUGUCUCAAUGCCACCGGUGCGGCCCGGCCACUACUGAACCGAUAACGAUAAUAUGAUGCGUUAUGCCGCAGCCGCCGUGAUGUUGAUGACCGCGGCGUUGUGGCCGACGGCCUUGGCGGACGAAUCGUCGGCAGCGUACCACAGGCACCAGGGCGGCACCACCGGGUGGAUCAUAGCCGACAGCAGACGCCGCGGUGGAUGGAGCUCUGGCAGCGGUACCGCGUCCUCGGUACACCGACUACAGCAGCAGCACUACGACGUGGACGACGACCGCCGGGAUUCGGACAGUUGGCCAGCGGCCACCACGGCCGCGGCGUCCGUGUCCGACGUCCGCGUUCAGGUAGUGCACAACCGCGGCGACGGGUCGUCCUCUUCCGCCGUGGAUAGCGAUCAGGCGGCCUCGUCGUCCUCGUCCUCGUCGUGGAAUUCGGCAAACCGGUUGCCGUACGUGUCGUCCACCAAGACGACCGCCGGCGUCACGGCCGCAGCGUCAUCGCCCGCCGAAGCGGCCAUGCUGGCCGAGGCGCUCGUCCAACAGCAACAGCACAAAUUGCCGAUCGGGCUCAACAGCUCGCUGACGGCCGUCAAGCACGCCGGCGGCAAAGGUUUCCAGACCGAAUUAAUGGACAUGCUCGGAAAAAUGAUACCACAAACAUGCUGGCAUCAAGGCCGGAGACACGACUGCGGUCUUAGCUUGGCUUGUGUGCUGGACGGAGGACGGCCGCUGGACCUUUGCGGCGGCGGCAUGCUGUGGUCGUGCUGCGUGCCCAGGUCGGCGUCCUCGUCGUCCACUGCCGGUUCGUCGUCCACGUCCGUGUCCACGCCCACGGCGGCCGCCAAUUCCGUGGAGAACGCAAGUUGUGGAGAGCUUUACGCCCGCAGUCACCGAAUAGUCGGAGGGCACGGCGCCACAUUUGGCGCUCAUCCAUGGCAGGCCGCCAUCAUCAAAUCCGGGUUCCUGACCAAAAAACUCUCCUGCGGCGGAGCUUUGCUGAACAACCGGUGGGUGGUGACAGCGGCUCACUGCGUAGCCACCACGGCCAACAGUAACCUACGCGUACGGCUGGGCGAAUGGGACGUUCGGGAUACGGCGGAACGGUUGGCGCACGAAGAGUACGGUGUAGAAAGGAAAGAGGUGCAUCCGCAGUAUAGCCCGCAAGACUUCCGCAACGACCUGGCGCUAGUCCGGGUAGACGCCGACGUCGGAUACAAACAGCAUAUCGUGCCCGUGUGUUUGCCCGCGCCCGUCGCCAAGUUGGUCGGCAAGACUGCCACUGUGGCCGGAUGGGGCCGAACCCGCCACGGUGUAUCCACUGUGCCGGCCGUGUUGCAAGAGGUCCAGGUGGAAGUGAUCCCGAACGAACGCUGCCAGAGGUGGUUCCGGGCGGCCGGUAGACGGGAACAGAUACACGACGUGUUCCUGUGCGCCGGAUACAAGGAGGGCGGUCGCGACAGUUGCCAGGGCGAUUCCGGAGGUCCGCUUACCACUGUACUGGACGGCCGGAGGACUCUGAUAGGACUCGUGUCUUGGGGCAUCGGCUGCGGUCGUGAACACUUGCCGGGCGUGUACACCAACAUUCAGAAAUUUGUGCCGUGGAUCGACAAAGUGUUGGACGCCUGAGGAGAGAUGCCGGCCAAGUAACCCACCUCACCUCAAUCCGAGCAACUUUCAGCCGAGUUUCGACAUUUCCAGCAAAACGACGAUCAGUAAUAUUAUUGUUAUAUAAUAUAAAUUAUGUAUAUACAUAAAUCUAGUUUCACCGAAGAGCGUUGUUAAAGCCUAUCGACACGAAAGUGUUAACCGUUGUACCUUGACUUGACAAACGUCGGUGAAACGAGAUGAUAGUGUACAAAACACGUCUACCAUUAGUUUCGCGCUUGUAUUUAUUAUAAUAUUUAUUACAUAUUUUUCAAAUAUUUUUAUUUUUUAUUUUUAUAAUUAUUUGUAUUAUUAUAAUUAUUUUUACUGUCGGACACUUACCGAUGUUGACCAAACAAACGUGCACUAGAUAUUUUAAUUUACUUCUCUAUUGUGAAUAUGUUUUUUACAUUUUUUUUUUCUACAUCUCUUUCCUUAAUAUUAUAAUAUUUAUAAAUAUUUAUAGUCCGCGCACCGACCGCAAUAUUGUUGUAUUUAAUCAAAACAAAAAAAUUAUAUAAUAUAUUUUAAAAACCAUAA